AUGCAGCACAUCAGCAGAGCCUCACGAACAAUCCGACCAGCCUACUUCCGUCGACCAUUCUCCGCCGCAGCUUCAGCCAGAUCGCAAUGGACCCCAGGACCUUCGCCUCCUCGACUACCAAAGGAAGAACAAGAGCUAUUUGAGAAGCUCCAACGCCAGUCCACAGGCGCCUUCAGCACCCCCAAGGACGUGGAGUCAGAGGCAGAUAUGAAGGCUGCUGGUGACGAGCCGCUGGAUGCGCAAGGCGGGCAGAGGUCAGAUGCGGCCAACCGCAUGCUUGCGCAACUACGGGAGAGGGCAAGAGUAGUGGCGAAGGGUGAUGGAGAAGAGCUACAUCCGAAUGUUCGCAGAGGAGCCAAGCCUGAGUUCGAGGGUGAUACGAACCCGAAGACGGGAGAAGUGGGAGGACCGAAGAACGAUCCGCUACGAUGGAAGGGCGACUGGAGCUACAAUGGACGAGUGACGGACUUUUGA